AUGCAUACCCCCCCCCACUCUCCGCGGCGCGCUCUCCGUCGCCUGCAUCGGGUGCCUUCGAGAAAGGAUGCUGACGCAGCUUGCCCUUUCCUUGCACAGUCCGACGCAGCUCAGCAUGCCGCUCUUCAAGAGCCGAAUGUAAAUGGCAACCCGGCGGCUGCUGUCGACGACAUUGAAAACAAGCGCAUCACGAGUGUCGAGGAGCAAGAAAAAUCUGCCGAUGCCAGCCUGAGCGGCGGUUCGGAUACGGACGCCUCGCGCACCGACUGGGCAAGGCUAAAGGACGACGACAAAGGCCACGGCCGGACCGGCGGCGUUGCCAAGAAGCCUGCCACGUUCAAGGCCGUCUCGGUGAACAAGACGUUUCUCGCCUCCAAGUCGAGCCCGAGCAGCAAUGCCCCCAAGUCGACCGACAGGCCCGCCGCAGGCUCGAGCACUCCGCCACCCGGAUCGUCGACCCUGUCGGCUUCACGCCCCCGGCUCGUCGUAAAAGCCGGAAACGCUGGCCGAGAUUCCGCCCCCCGUUUCUCCUCCGUGGUCAACGGUGGGAAGCCGGCAUCCGCCCCGGACCCCAGCGUUGUUUGGAACAAGAACCGGCCGCCCGAACCAAAGAAAUUUACAGAUGAAGAGCUUAAGAAGUAUGGAAUUCAUAUGGCUAGUCGCCUCAAUGAAGAAGAUGCGCAGGGACAGAACAAAUGGGCCGAUAUCGACGACGACGACGACGACUGGGCACCGGAUGCCAUCACCUGGGGUGAUGGCACCAAAACGACGCUUCCACACCUCGAUGAGCAGUUGACGCCGAUUCCCGACACCGCUCCCGUCGCACCCAAACCCCAAUCGGUGGAGAAGCCCAAGUCUCCAGCUCCUCCUGCGUCGGCUGCUUCUCCCCUGCCGAAGCCAAGCAGCAGCUUCACCUCGGGCAAGGGGCUCAUACUGAAGCCUGCUUCGCAGGAGAAGCCAGCUCUCGUGGCCAAGCCGGCUCCGCCACCGGCGGCCGCGAAGUCUCCUUGGGCCGUACUGCCUCCCGUCGACAGGGCAUCGCCCGCCUCGGCAGACGCGGCAAACCUUGCUCGUGGACCCGUCAAAGGCGCGACCACGCAGCUCAAGGAGAUUGCCGCCGACGAUUUCAACCGGUCAUCUUGGAGAGAUGGCCAAAGCCACGGUGCCAGAGAGCUGUAUAACUCACACUCCGGACGCUAUGAGCCUGUUUCUGACCGGCGCGCCUCCGUACGAAUCGAUCCAUACGCCAAGCAGCCGGCGCUGCUGCAGCGCACGCAUACGGUGCCCGCAGAUCGCCCGGCCGAACCGUCCAGCGCGUUCCAAACAUCCCGAACGUCGCAUGACGUACCUUUUGCGCGCCGUCGCGGCUCAUCCAACGUGAGCGGCGGCAGCGGAUCAUACGCCCAGCGCAUGGGCAAGGGCAGCGACGGUUCCAUGCAAUCGCCCUUCGACUCGCUCAACACCCGAAGGGCAUCUCUCACGGGUUCAACCGGGAGCUCCGUCGCUCCGGGACAUCCUCCCGCCACCUCCCAGUCGCAGCCUACGAACCAAGGGUGGGCGCCAAUGUCUCCCACGGGCGCCGGCGCUGCGGUACCGCAGAACGAGUCGACAUCCUUGGAUGGAAAUACGGAAUCGACAGCACCCGUGCAGCCGGCGAUGGUUGACGAGGUCGAAUACCAGAAAAAGCUCAUGCGCGAACGCGUGGAGCUCGCCAGAAAACGACGCCAAGAAGAGGAGGUGCGUGAGGAGGCAGCGAAGAGGGAGCGUAUCCAGAAGAAGCUGGAUGCUCUGGGCCCCCCGCCGGACAAGAAGAGCGACAAAAGGUUGCUCUCGAAGGACGAUGACCCGAGGCCGACACAGAUCCAGCAGCGGCAGCAGCCCACCGUCGCGCGACCACCGAGCCAGCUGUCUGGCGAAGAACGAAGCAAACCUGGCGUGGAUUCGAAUACGAAAAAGUCCACGGGACAGGAUGCACCGGCGGCCACCGAUGCCAUCUCGAAAUCGCCCAAGGUUGAAACCGGAACACCCGCCGGCCCGGACCCCGGCCGUCCUCGUGGGCAGGAAGUGAAGCGUGCCGACCCAUGGGCGGCCGGCCAGGGACCGCGCCCAGAAAGAUUCACCUCCUGGGCUGCGGGAGCCUCGCCGCCGCUGCGGAAUGUUUGGGGUUCUCCUGAUAACGACCGUGGCCUCGGGAAUGGCACUUUCGAUUCCGACCUCGGCUUGGUUCCUGGGGCCACCGUGACGUCGGCACCCGGCCACAAGGGCCCUGCACCCAUCGCUCCGCCGAACAAUAGACGGGCGCCCUCGAAUGGACCGGCGCAGAUGCAGAUGCAGGCGCAGACGCAGGCGCCAAUCGGUCCUCACGGUUCACGCUAUGCUGCCACGGGCUCGGAGCUGGCGAGCAAAUGGGUCGCCGCCGUUGUCGACAACGAUAAGAAGAUGGCUGCCGCGCGGUUGGCCGAGAGGGCGGGCCGGGAUCGUCAGCUGGCCGAGCAAGGCAUGCCCCUGGAGGAUGUCCAACCCUCGAUCAAGGAUACUUGGCGGCCCGUUCAUCUCCCAGGGGAUGGCACGAGGCGAACUGCGGCCGCUGUCGAGGUUCACUCGCACCAACCUCGCUCCUGGAAAGCACCGGAGGAGAAGUUCGCCAGCGGCAGAGCGCCGGUUGAGGAAGCCCCUCCGUCCGCAAACUCCGGCGUCAUUGGCUCCGGCAAGAGCCUGAUGCUUCCCCAGGCCGGCUCGGGGGCGCCCUCUCAAUCCCGACCCUCGAGAUUCUUCCCCAGCAAGGACGGCCGACAGGAGACGGGCGCCGCUGCGGAACCCACGCGUCCGGCCUCGCCAUCGCCCCCCCCGCCUACCAUGGAAGGGCACCCGGCCUACGAAGGCAACGUGGCGAACCCUCAUGUUUCCUUCCCGAAGCCGCAGCCGGUGGUGAAGCUCCCCCCUGCGGCAAGGGGAUCCCAAGCACCACCGCAGCAUGCCGCUCCCGUGGGAUGGUCGCCUCGCUAUGCCGGAAAGGACUCUGCUCGGGUCCCCCCCGUCCACGGACAGGCUCCUUAUCCAGAGGGUGACACCCCCCGAGGGUCGUGGCAAGACAGGUUCGACAAUCUUCUCAACAGGGUGGGAAAGGCUGGCAUGUCGAAACAGAUAGGCGUCGAUGCCGCAAGCAGGAGCAUGCUGGACCAUGUCACGCACGAUGACCUUGCCACCGUGUCGUUGCCUAAUGCGAUCCCGGGCACACGCGCCGCCGCCAAUCAUCAGCACUCCGUCUCGAAGCCAAUGGCAGAGGAAUGCUUCGAGGAGCAGGAGAUGGGGUCGCUGCCCCAGAUUCGACUUCCGCACAGAGCGCCGGAGGCCGCGUGGCAGCCUGCUGUCGCCCAAGCGAAGUCCCUUCCGAAGCGAUUUCAUGUCCAGGCGUCCAUCAUGGAACCUUUUUACAUUGGAUCGGAAGUUGGCGGUGGCAAUGCCCCCCCCACUCCACGGCUCGAGGAAACCGAGGGGGACACGGCAGACCCUCGCCGCGACAUCGACCUUCCGGCCAAGGAUCACGAGGACCGAAGCGGGAGUCGACUUCUCACUACAACGGCGGCGAAGCCGGCUCAGGCAGCAGUGCAAGCCGUGGUGGUCAAGGUUCCUACCGGCCCAGAGGCUCGGAUGGCUGGAACCGAACGGCGCAUGCUCCGCCAAAUGCGCUUCCUUCGCUGUCACUAUAGAUUCGCAUGCCUCACACGAUCCGAUGCCGUUCGGACAUUGGUGCCCCCCGUUCGAAUCUACAGCUGCUCCUGA